UGAUUUUGUCAUUCCAUGUUUAGUUUGGCGCGUAAACGCGUAAAUAAUCUUGUAUAAUGUAAAUUUUGAGCCAAUUUUACUACUUAAUUUAUUUUUCUAAAUGAACUUCUGUGAUAAAUCGUUUUUAACUCAAAAUGGAUUCAGAAAAUAGAGUGGUGGUUUUGAUAGACAUGGACUGUUUUUAUUGCCAAGUGGAAGAAAAAUUAAACCCUGAAUUAAAAGGGAAACCUAUAGCCGUUGUGCAAUAUAACCCAUGGAAGGGUGGAGGGAUCAUAGCAGUAAAUUAUGUGGCGAGAGCAAUGGGAGUCACAAGACACAUGAGAGGUGAUGAGGCAAAGGAGAAAUGUCCAGAAAUACAACUGCCUUCCGUACCCUGUCAGCGGGGGAAAGCAGAUAUUACAAAGUACAGGGAUGCUGGUAAAGAAGUGGCCAAAGUUCUUCAAAAGUUCACAUCCUUGUUAGAGAGGGCAUCUAUUGACGAAGCAUAUUUAGACAUUACUGCUCCAGUACAACAGAGACUAAAAAAUUUAAAUAUAAACACGAUAACUGCAAGCAUAAUCCCCAACACUUACGCCCUGGGCUACGACUGUGUGGAGGAGUUCCUGGCUGAUGUACACACUUGUGGUGCGGAGUCCAUUGACUUUGAUUAUGAACAUGCACAACAUCUCCUUAUUGGGGCCGUUAUCGUCAGUGAGAUAAGAGCUGCUGUGUACAAUGAAACAGGCUACAGGUGUUCAGCUGGAAUCGCUCAUAAUAAAAUUCUGGCAAAACUUGUCUGUGGUAUGAACAAGCCAAACAAACAAACAAUAUUGCCGAAACAUUCUAUCAAUAUACUUUAUAAUACACUUUCUCUGAAAAAAGUGAAGCACCUUGGUGGUAAAUUCGGGGAUAUUGUUUGUGACACUUUGAAAAUUAAGACCAUGGCUGAACUUCAAAGAUUUACAGAAAGAGAGCUCCAAGCGAAGUUUGAAGAAAAAAAUGGCACAUGGUUGUACAACAUAGCACGUGGCACCGACCUAGAACCAGUGCAAGCCAGAUUCAAUCCAAAAAGCAUUGGAUGCUGCAAACAAUUAAGAGGCAAAUCUGCCGUCAAUGACUUGGACAGCUUAAAGAAAUGGCUCAGGGAUUUAGGGGACGAAAUAGAAGAUCGGUUAGAAAAAGAUGCGUUAGAAAACAAUAGGACGCCAAAACAAAUGGUUGUUAGCUACUCUGUACAACUUCUAGAUGGUAGGGAUACCAGCAGUUCAAGAUCUUACAAUUUUGUGAGUGAAGAUGAACUGUGUGGUGAGCUGUUAUCAAAUAAAGCUUUGGAGUUACUUCUAGAAAGUUCUGAAGGAUGUAAACCUAAAGAUGGAGAGGCAAACCGAAAACUGAAGGCACCUAUAAAAUUCUUAGGCAUUAGUGUUGGAAAAUUUGAAGACAAUUGUGAUGCUAAGAAAACAAAAAAGAUAAAAGAUUACUUUGGUGCUGGAACAUCAAAGGACAAGGUAGUUAACAAAGAAAAUGCACCAGAAUCAGAAUCUGAGGCAAAACCAAAUGAAGUGCAAAAGAAACCCAAUAAAAACUGUGAUAAAGAUUACAUACUAAAGAAAUUCUUCCAAACCAAUACAGUUACUACAGAAAACACAAAAUCUGUAGAGCCCCCAGAUAAAUCCGUAAAAAGUGAUGCAGUAUUUGAAUCAAGUCUUUAUAAACAAGAAUCAUUUUUUGCUAAAAUGCUCAAUGGUAAAUUGAAACAAAGUGACCAGCAACCGGGUAAUAAUGAAUGUGAUACGCCAGCAAAACCUACGACACCUGUAUGUGAUGUUGUUCAAUGUGGAGAAAAUAGUAAUGAUACAGAUUACUCAAGUUCUACGAUUAAUAAUGAAAUUAAUAAGAGCAUAGCGCUCUUUGAAGACGAUCCACAAGACGACAUAAGGGUAAAAAGUAUAAGCAGUAUUAGGGAAUUGCUUAAAACUAAGGUGGAAAUUGAUAAUGAACCUGAAACCGAAAACAAUGAUUUAGAAAAUCCCGCAAAUGUACGGGACAAUACUGAAGUUGACAGUCACGCAAAUUUGGUAGAGAAAAUAGAAACUUUCGAUUGUCCAGAAUGUGGUAAGAAGGUGGCUAUUGAUCAAUUUGAAACACAUUCAGAUUACCACCUUGCAUUGAAGCUAAGAGAUGAAGACCGCCAACAAAUGCGUAAAGAUAAAGUAAAAGUUAAUGCUAUUCCAAUACCACCUGCAGAAGACAAACGAAAAAAGAAGAAAACUGACGAACCUGUAAUUAAAAAUGAUACCAAAUCGCUAGCCAACUUCUUAGUCAAACUAAAUGACAAUAUUGUGACUGAGAUGUGCUCUGAAUGCGGAAAGAAGAUACCUGUAGAGAAAUUUGCAGAACAUUUGGAUUUCCAUGAAGCGCAAAGAUUAAAUAGGCAAUUAAAUAAAAAGGCAACUCCAUUAUUUAUAACAAGUAGUGCUAAAAGGAGGAAGAAAUCUGAAUCUCCAGUUAAGAAGACUAAAAUACCUUGUAAAUCUAUUGACUCGUUUUUUAAAUAGCUACCGUACAUCGAGCCAUGAAAAUGAAAUGGAUUUUAUUAUCAUGUAGUAAAAAAAUAUAAUUUUA